AUGCCUGAAAUCGUCCUUUAUACCGCUCAUCAUUGUCCCUAUGCGCAUCGCGCCCAAAUCGCGCUCCGGGAACUUGGAUUGUCAUUCAAGGAGAAAUUAAUCGACAUUACUGUGCCUCGUACAAACGAAUAUCUUAAUGUCAACCCUAAUGGGAUGGUCCCAGCUCUCUCAUAUGAUGGGGUGCUCCUAACGGAGUCCUCACUUAUAGUGCAGUUCCUGCUAGACUCGCAUCCUAGUCAUCUGCUUAAGGGAAGCACUGAACCAUCUGGGGCUCUACAGCGCUUCUGCAUGGGUUACUUUAUCGACAUAUACUUCGUCAAAGUACAUCCUACAUUUGAUAAGAUCGUCUAUGCAGAGGGAUCUCUGGCUAAGAAUGUGGCUGUAGACGAGUACGUUGGUUUAGUUGCGAAAUAUGUCGAACCUUUACUUGGCAACGCAACACCAUUCUUGGAGGCAUCGAAGCGUUUGACACUGGUAGAGUGUCGUUUGAUGUGA